AACUUUGACUCUCUGCCAACCGAGCCGAGGAAGUUUAUGGUCGUAAACGGAGCCGAGUCCAAAGGGAGAGAGCUGGUAAUUAGUAAUAAAACUUCAAAGUUCUGUCACAACGACUUUUAUUUGAUUAUAUAAACGGUUCAGAACAACAAACGGACCGGGAGCCGUUACUCCUGGUACCGGGAGGACGGCGGCUCUGCAGAUGAUUAACUUCUUUAUCUGGAAACUUUUGUGUUGAACAGAAAACAUCCGUCAGCUGCUCCUGGCCAAACAUUAACUCUGAAGCAAAUGAGACUGAAAGUGAGAACAGAACCAGAAGUCCAAAGGCAGGAAGAGGUUCUGAUUUCUGGGGAAACGGCGCCACCUAGUGUCCAGCCGAGGGCAGCAGCAGCCAGACGGAUUCUGAUCAGUUAUUGAUCGCAGCUGAUAGCUGGAAAUACUUUGGAGGGUCAGAAAAAAAUAAAUUAUGAGAAUAAAGUCAUUAGUACUUUAUUCUCAUAAGCUCAAUGAGUGACUUUGUUUAGGCCAUUUUGUCUCUUCAUUGCUGCAUCCUGACCUCUGACCUGCAGAGCUUCAGAUGUUCUGCAGGACGAGAGGCUGGUGUUCUGAUGGAGUGGUUCUGGUCCAGGUGUGGGUUCAGGUUCUACUGAGGUUCUCUGGAGAACCAGAACCUCAGAGACGGAUCUGGGUCGGUUCUGUUUGCCUACUUCAUGCUGCCAGGCCGGUUCUGCUGAAGUUCUGCCACUGGCAUCUUUAUGUCAUGAAAUUAAACUUUUAUUCCUAUAAAACCCGAGUUCUAAAGUCAUUUCUCUGAUUCUGUCGGUUCGGGGACCAAAUUCACUUUUCACAGGAGGUUCUGGUCCAAAUCCAGCUUUCUGUGUUUUGUUGUGUCUGAUAUGAAAGUUUUGAAGAUCUGAAGCGUCAGUGUUUCUGAUCAGCAAAAACAGAAGUCGGGUGGAUUUGUCUGCUGAGAUGUGAUUGGCUGAGCAGCCCGGCUGCUGGUCAGAUCAGCAGUAGCGCAGCAGGCAGCCGCAGGCAGCAAGAUGGGCUCCAGCCGCUCCAGCCUGAGCCGCGUCCCGGACGGACAGCAGCUCCUGCAGGAAACCGGAUUCUCUGCAGCUCAUCUCCUCCGUCUCCACCAGCGGUUCCAGUUCCUGGACAAAGACAGCAGAGGAAGCCUCAGGUCCGAGGACUUGGAGGCGGCGCUGUCUGAGAAUCCCAUUGGAGUCCGAAUCGUCGGAGCUUUUUUCCAGCCGGGACAGGAAACGGUGGACUUUCCCUCGUUUGUCCGGGUUCUGGCUCACUUCCGUCCCACGGAGAAAAACCGGACCCGAGACGGCGUGCAGCCGGAUCCGGCCGACAGCCGGAACCGGAAACUCAAAUUUGCCUUCCAGCUGUACGACCGGGACCGAGACGGGAAGAUCUCCAGAACCGAGCUGCUGCAGGUGCUGAGGGAGAUGCUGGGGCUGCAGGUGACGGAGGAGCAGCUGCAGAGCAUCGCAGAGCGCGCCAUCCAGGAGGCCGACCUGGACCGGGACGACGCCAUCUGCUUCGACGAGUUCAGGAAGUCGCUGGAGAAAGUGAACAUCGAUCACAAGAUGAGCGUUCGCUUCCUGGAGUAAAGACUCUAAGAAGAAAGAUUUCAUUCACCUGGGACCUGGUGGAGCGACUCGUUCCUAAAGAGUCACACCUGCUGCUGUUCCAGGAUGAAGACUCGCUCAUCCUGGAACCGUUUCCUCCAGAUUAACCCAACAUGGCUUCAGGAGAGAAUCCUGAGUGAAAUAUGUCAAACCUUUAUUUCUUAAUGUUAAUGAUUGUGGCUGACAGGAUGAAAGUCUCACCUGUGAAAUCAUCUUGUAAACGUUAAACUUUCUGUUUGACUCAGACGUCAUGUUUGUGUCUCCAUGAUGAUUCAAGGCGGUACGGCCCGGGUUGCUGCGGUUCGGUGACCCGUUUCAUGACUGAUCACAUUCAGGAGUCUUUUCACAUCCAGAGGGAAGUGAGCCGGUGGAGUUAAACCCAAACACCUUACUGUCAAACACAUUUCUGUCCUCCAAUCAAUGGACUGUUGAGUGAUGCCAGUAUCUCCACCCUGACCACAGCGUUGACCUGUAGGCCUUUAACUGAACGGUGUGGCGAGUCGGUCACAGCGUUGACCUGUAGGCCUAUAACUGAACGGUGUGGCGAGUCGGUCACAGCGUUGACCUGUAGGCCUUUAACUGAACGGUGUGGUGAGUCGGUCACAGCGUUGACCUGUAGGCCUAUAACUGAACGGUGUGGCGAGUCGGUCACAGCGUUGACCUGUAGGCCUUUAACUGAACGGUGUGGCGAGUCGGUCACAGCGUUGACCUGUAGGCCUAUAACUGAACGGUGUGGUGAGUCGGUCACAGCGUUGACCUGUAGGCCUUUAACUGAACGGUGCGGUGAGUGGGUCACAGCGUUGACCUGUAGGCCUUUAACUGAACGGUGUGGCGAGUCGGUCACAGUGUUGACCUGUAGGCCUAUAACUGAACGGUGCGGUGAGUCGGUCACAGUGUUGACCUGUAGGCCUAUAACUGAACGGUGUGGUGAGUCGGUCACAGCGUUGACCUGUAGGCCUUUAACUGAACGGUGUGGCGAGUCGGUCACAGCGUUGACCUGUAGGCCUUUAACUGAACGGUGUGGCGAGUCGGUCACAGCGUUGACCUGUAGGCCUAUAACUGAACGGUGCGGUGAGUCGGUCACAGUGUUUUAGUGACGGUUUAUUUACGCCUGUCACUAAAACUUCUGCUAAAGUAAACAUGUCAAUACCUGCUGUUGUUUUUGGCUUCGUUAUAAAAUAAAUGUUUGGUUUGAAA